CGGUGCGCGGCAGUCGGUGUGAGGGCGGCGGAGCCGGCGGCGUCCAUCGGCAUCGGCUGCAGCUCCGCGGCCGCUUCUCGGCAGCUGCUCCCUCUGCUCCCCGCCUGCGGCUCCAGCACCGGCCCGCCGGAGGUGAACGCUCUGAGGCUUCUCCCCUUGUCGCCCAGUCGGAACUAUCGCCUUCCGCGCGGCCGUGAGGAGGCUGAGGCUGCCCCUUCCCCCCGCUCCCGGCCUGCCGGCGUGGGGUGCCUCUUGUGCGCGUUUCCUUCCUCCCCGCGUGUUGAAACCGUUGUCGUGGCUGCAGUAGCAGCUAGCUGAGCUCAGCUCUGCCAGCACCAGCAGCAGGUGCCCCUCCCUCUGCGCGCCGGGCUUUGGGUUAUGUAUCGUAAAUCCAAGUGGAAGCGCGGGUACAAUCUCGAGGGGCUUGCACACGGAAAUAAUGAAAAAGGUGUGCCACAACUCUUGAUCAGCGACCUGAAGUUUGAGAAGUCAUUAGCUAAGCUCAUGUUUUCUCCUGAUCAAGAAAAUCAUCCAUCCAAAGCACCAGUCAAAUAUGGUGAAUUGAUCGUACUGGGGUACAAUGGGUCUCUCCCAAAUGGAGAUAGAGGGAGAAGGAAAAGUAGGUUUGCUUUAUUUAAAAGGCCCAAGGCAAAUGGGGUGAAACCCAGCACUGUGCACAUUGCCUGUACCCCUCAAGCUGCAAAGGCAAUAAGUAAUAAGGACCAACACAGCAUAUCUUACACUUUGUCUCGGGCCCAGACUGUAGUAGUUGAAUAUACUCAUGACAGCAACACAGAUAUGUUCCAGAUUGGUCGGUCAACAGAGAGCCCUAUAGACUUUGUAGUAACAGAUACAGUUCCUGGGAGUCAGAGUAAUUCAGAUACACAGUCUGUGCAGAGCACAAUAUCAAGGUUUGCCUGCAGAAUCAUAUGUGAACGUAACCCUCCAUUUACAGCAAGAAUAUAUGCUGCAGGAUUUGACUCCUCAAAAAACAUUUUUCUUGGGGAGAAAGCUGCAAAGUGGAAGACAUCAGAUGGGCAAAUGGAUGGACUAACAACAAAUGGAGUUCUUGUUAUGCAUCCUCGUAAUGGAUUCACAGAAGACUCCAAGCCUGGGGUGUGGAGAGAGAUUUCUGUGUGUGGGAAUGUCUUCAGCCUCCGUGAAACCAGAUCAGCUCAACAGAGGGGGAAAAUGGUUGAGAACGAGACGAACCAGCUGCAGGACGGCUCCCUGAUCGACCUGUGUGGGGCGACGCUGCUGUGGCGCACGGCCGAGGGGCUGGCGCGCACGCCCACCGUCAAGCACCUGGAGGCUCUGAGGCAGGAGAUCAACGCAGCCAGGCCCCAGUGCCCCGUGGGCUUCAACACGCUGGCCUUCCCCAGCAUGAAGAGAAAAGAUGUUGUAGACGAGAAGCAGCCGUGGGUGUACCUGAACUGCGGCCACGUGCACGGCUACCACAACUGGGGGAACAAAGAGGAGAGGGACGGCAAGGACCGCGAGUGCCCCAUGUGCCGCUCCGUCGGCCCCUACGUGCCGCUGUGGCUCGGCUGCGAGGCGGGAUUUUACGUGGAUGCCGGACCUCCCACUCAUGCAUUCAGCCCCUGUGGACACGUGUGCUCAGAAAAGACAACUGCAUAUUGGUCCCAAAUUCCUCUUCCUCACGGUACUCACACUUUUCACGCAGCCUGUCCCUUCUGUGCGCAUCAGCUGGCUGGUGAGCAGGGUUACAUCAGGCUCAUUUUCCAAGGGCCUCUCGACUAACACAGGUGUUCCCAAGGACUGCAGUAAACUGAUAAGCUAAGCGAUUCUCAUUUUUAAACCAACUGUUUUUCGUAUUCUCUGGGCUUUGCUGGUUUGCAUUAAGAUGAAGAAUUUUUUGGUUUUUUUGUUACAACAGCUAAAUCCCUCUUUAUUGUGAAAAGUCUGGAAAUAGAAGAAAUGGGGGGAGAAGGGGGAGACCUGCUUUUUUUGGUUAAUAACUACUUUUGAAGAGGUGAAGGAAGUGUUGUAGAGUGAACUUCAAUGCCUUCAGUUUAAUGGUUUUUGAAUCACAUGCCCACAGUGUUUGAAAGGUGUUUCAUUCUUUUUGUAUAUGGAGGGUAAAUAGUUCAAAGAACAUUAGUUUACAGCUUGGAUGCAAACAUUGUAAAAUAUAACAUGUAUAUUAACUCUUUUCUAUUUAUCUUUAUUAUUGAAAAUAUUUAGAAUGUUUAGAGAGUAGCAUGGUUAUAGUGUGUUACAUCCAGCAAUUGGAUGUGUAGAGUAGUUCUGGAUGGAGAAGAACGUGGGAUGAAAAUGGUAGAAAAAUCUUUUAAUCUAAAAUACUGAGUUCUUAGAAUAGUUAAAUGCUUUUUAAACGAAGCUAAUGCAAAUUAUGAUGGCAUAAAGUUGUGCUUUAACCGUGUUGAAAGGUAGCUAAGAAGGACUCCUUAAACUGUCUUUUUGGUAGGACUGUGCUUAAGAUCUGGUUAUGAGGAGAAUAUUUACCAGACUCUUCGAAUAUGCAACUUAGUCUAGAUUAAGGAUUUUUUUCUCCCUUCACGCUAACACUUCUCUUUAUUUAGCAUUAGUGACAUUUGUGAGGGUUUUUCCAAUGUUAAACAUGAACAGAUGAGAAAGAUGAGGCUUGUUCUGUUCCUUGCUGUGUGGGGGUGGGGACAGGGCAGAGGUGGAUGCACCUGGGCAUGUGUGUGGGGAGCAGUUUGUGACUUGGCCACAGUCCCAGCCUGAGAGGGGUUUGUCAGCUGGAUGCUCAGCAGCCUUCCACCUGCUGGCUGCUGGGGGGCCUCAGGCCUGGCCUCUCCCCUCUGCCAGGUGCAGGUGCUCAUCUGGGCCACAGGUGGGACCCAGGUGGAGCCUGGUAGCCAGGGCAGGUGUCCCUGCAUCCUCGGGCAGUCUGUUGGGAGAGCUGGGGCUGGGCUGGGCUCAGACCCUCACUGGGAGAUGCUGCUGUGGGCUCUGCUUUCUCUGGUCUCUGCUCUCCUCUUCCUCCCCCUCCUUCCCCUCUGGAUCCACCAGAAAAGACCACAUGCAGCUCUGCUGCCUGCCCACUGUGCUUCAUGGCAACCUGACCUUUUUAGCAUUGAUUUGAGCUUUUUUGGCCAGCUUCGUUCAUUUUUUUCAAAUAUGUACUGUAUAAUUGGCAGUAAGAAAAUUUCUGUACUUUAUAGCAAAGCUUUUGCUUUUGUUUUUCUUUGAAGCUCUUCUAAAAUUUUCUUUGUUUAAAGAGACCUGUGUUGCUUAGAUGUCAUGAAUUACUUACUUUGACUGUCAAUUAUUUCUCCAUUUUUAAAAAGAAAUGAUAUAUAUUGUUUGGUUCACUCAGGAAAUGCAUGUGUCAGGAAACCUGUACUAUAAGUUCAGUUAGCUGUCAUGUACAAGUAACUGCUGUUACUCCCUUUCCAUAGAAAUAUAACUGAUUUUGACAUUUUCCAGAUUAUAUGCAUUAAGUCAUGAAACUUAUGCAGCAAGAAAUCCCUGUAUUGUAGUUGUUCUAAUCAUCUUAUUCAAACUAUAGUAUACUGUAGUUUUAAUUUUUAUUUGCAAAUUAAUUUAUUUAAACUACGUGAGUAAACACUUUUCAAAAACAGAAAUUCUGGGAUUGUGGCUUUGUUUUCAAGAGAUGGAAAAGGGCUGGAGAUGGCUCUUCUCUUGUCACCUCAGGUGUCCCUCUGUUCUGCACAUAUGGAUUAAGAGCACAGAGAAGCAGCAGCUGUAAAGACUCUGGAUGUUUUCCCUGGUAAUGGCUUUCAAUGGCUCCUUUUAGAUGUGUCCUCUCCAUGUGUUUUAUAUUUAACUCUGUGUUAAAGGUGAGAUUGCUGUUUAAAUGACACACUUAAAUUAAUAAGUUACAAAUACUGAAAUGUAAGCAAAAACUGAACUAAAUUUUAAAAUGACAAAGAGCUCUUGAUUCUGUCUUCCACAAAAUCUAAUUGACAUUUCUCUGGUUCUGAUCUUGUUGACUACUGGAACAUGAAAAACCAGAAAAGAACAUGAUGAAAGCUACAAAGCAGUAUGAGUAACACAGAGCUGAACUGUGAGCACAGAUGGAGCACGGGAUGGUAGGAGGAAUAUGGGAAGUGCUCUUGGAGGCCCAGCUGGAGGCAGAGCCAGGGGUGCACUUGGGUACAGGCACAGCUAACUGCAGAGGGGAGGAAGAGAGGGUCAUGCCCAACGUGCAGCCCUUGUUAAUUUAAGAUUGUACAUUAUGCUUACACUGUAUUUCUCUACCCCACUCCUCACCCCCUGCAAAAAAAAAAACAUCCCAGACAAAGAUAUCUGAGCAGAACUGGCUGUGUCUCUGGGAAGUGUUGGGCUAAGGUCACUCUUCAGUCUGCCCCACAUUCUGCCUGGUUUGUACUGUUCUUCACCCAAGUUGGGCUUGUUUAAUCCCAUUUUUAGGAGGGUGGAACAUGGGCAUUCAAACACUUGAGACAGGGAAAUCACACUGUCAAAGGCACAAUAGCAAUGGUUGAGUAGUUUGAAGAGCAAGUUCCAUCACCAACAACAGCAUCCCUAACUCUGGUACCCUGUUUGAGUACCCCCAGGCUUCUGUUCUUUGAUAAAUGAUUGCAAUGGUCCUCUGUAAAUGGUAAAGUGAAUUUCAGAUUAAAAGUACUCAAACAGAUGACUGAAGCACUCUGAACUUUAAGGCCAAUCCUUUUGAACAAAUUUUGUGCUGCAAGAGGUGGUACCUUGCUGGUUUUAGACAAUCUCAGCUCCACUUGUGACAGCCUAAAGCAGCCCCUUGCAGCUGCAAAGACCAGCCCCAGGUGAGAUCUGUGGCCUUCCCCUGCUUUUAAAGGUUUGCUGGACUGGCAAGAAGCAAUGGUGAUGCAAGCAGCAGAUGGGACAGGACUGUUCCCUGGGAUACCACUGCAGGUAUAAGGGAAUCAAUGGGAAAAUGAAAUUAGGUGUGGGUACUUUUCUAGCCCUAAAGUUCAGAGAAGCUCUGCAGAAGUGCCUUUGGAUAUGAGCAGCCAGUUUUCUGGUUUGUGUGUGGCUGCCCUGAUCUGGGCAGUGCAAGCAGGUGAUUUAAUGAACUGAUUUGCCUUUCAGCUGUAGGAGAUUGCAUGGAUUUAACACUGCCAGAAAGCAGCAGCUGGCUAAUAAAGCCCUUUUGUUUUGUUUUUUUUGUUUUUUCCCCAAAGCAGAAGUGGGGCAGCACAGGGUGCUGGCAGAAAGGCAGGAGCACAGACAGGGAGGUUGCUGUGGCUUUCCUGGGGAGAAUGGAGUGCUCUGGUUGCUUUGCUGACUUGGCCACCGGGUUGGAGCAGUCCCAGGAGUGCCUGGAGUGGCCCUGAGCAGCGUGGUGCAGGCUGGGGAUGAGGCCUUCCCAUCCCAGCUGUGCUGGCCUUGUUACACCUGCAGCAAUGAGCCUGGUCUUCUGGAAAGUUUAACAUGAAGUCACCUCAGGAGACUCCUGUGUUGGAAGGUGCUCUGCAAAUCCCAUAAUGAUCCUGCCAUGACAUGCUUGAUCUCCUCCUGAAGUGACACUUUCCAGGCUCAAUUCUAAAAAUACAUUUCCAAUUUUGCAAUAUAAAUCUACCCUGGUGCCUACAGCUACUUGCAUGCUGUCUUUCAGCCUGGAUUAGGCCUGGUUGCUGUUGAAUUAGACCAGAUUUUGUGGUCCUUGUCUUGGCUCAUCCCUUUCUGUAAAAACACUGGUAGAGCUUGUCUAUUUUUAAUUGUAGCACUUGGCUUUAACAUAAGGGCUGUGAUCAUCCUAGAAAUGCAGUUUCUAAGGCUCUUUUGUGACUGU